AUGGACAAUGUACCAGGAAUAUCUGAAUUAUCAAUUAUAGAGGAGGAAAGACCGGGGAGCGUCAUAUUGAACGAGGAUUCUACCGUCAAAGAGAUAAACGAAUCAAUGCCAUCGAAAAAAGAGGCACUGAAUGUACCACCAUCGACAUACAUAACGAUAACAAAUCCUGAAGGGCAAGAAGAGUUGAGUGAUGUAAUGGAAGAUGAUCCGUUCGCUGUAUAUAUGAUUCAACGUAUGAGAGACAUGUUGAAUGAAAACGACAUGGAUAAGAUCGUCGAGAAUCAGGAUCAAAUGUGUGUGUUGUGA